UCUACACACUCUGGCUGCAACUGACUUCCCCAGGGACAACCAAGGAGCUCCAUACUGAAGCACAGGACUGCACUUUGCAACAGAGACAUUAGAAGGACACUGGAUUAUUUAAUAAAAAAUCUGCUAGGAAAGACCUACAGCAGACUCUGCCUAGAAAGCCUGAACUGUCUAAGCAUAUAAAGAUGGAAGAGAAAUAUACUUUUUCUUGCCUUUUAUUCCUGCUUCUCAUGGAUGGCUGCAAAUUAGAACAUGUUAAGAAUUCUGAGACCUACUGUGUCUUCCAAGACAGAAAAUACAGAAUUGGCGAGAGAUGGCACCCUUACCUGGAACCAUACGGACUUGUAUAUUGUGUUAACUGUCUGUGCCGGGAGGGUGCAAAUGUAUUGUGCAAUAGAGUGAGAUGCCCAAGUCUUCACUGUAGUAAUCCAGUCUAUAUUCCACAACUGUGCUGCCCACGAUGUCCAGGGGAUGGGAUGUUGUCUUUUGAGCAUCAUGAAACAGAGACAUUUCGACAACCGGCUAACAGAGAAGCACGGCAUUCUUAUCAGCGCUCCUAUGACCAUUCAUCCGGCUCAAGUGCUUUGAGACAGGCCAUAAGCUUCCCCAAACACCCCAGUACAAGAAGUAACCGCCGAGUAGUCGCUGACCCCCAACAAGCCUCAGGAACUAUUGUACAGAUAGUCAUAAACCACAGUCACAAGCAUGGGAAAGCUUUAGGAAAUUUUAGAGAAGAUGUUUGGAGAAGACGACUACUGCUGCUGAUUAAGCGGGAUAUGCAGAAGGCGAGGAGGAAAAAACAAAAAUGCAAAAAAUGUUGGCUGUGUCCUUAUGGUCAAAAUGGACUGGAGCUGUCAGGUCUCAAGCAACAUCUGUUUAUAUUUGCCAUGUUCCCUGCAGUAUGUGUCUCUAAUGGAAAAACAUACUCCCAUGGAGAGUCUUGGCACCCCACCUUGCGAGCCUUUGGAGUGGUGGAAUGUGUGCUGUGUACAUGCAACUUCACUAAACAAGAAUGCAAGAAAAUCAGCUGUCCAGAGGAAUACACUUGUAAAAAUCCUCAGAAAAUAGACGGCAAGUGCUGUAAAGUAUGUCCAGAGGAAACCCCAGACCCUCAGUCAGGUGACAAAGAUUAUCUAUGCGAGGAGACCAUCCCUGUCUUUGAAUCUGUAUUGCUAGAGGAAGGAGAGACCAUCAGGAAAAUAGCAGUGGUGACAGAAGAGCCCCCAGUAGCAGAAAUUCACUUGUGGAUAAUCCAGAAAGGUGUUCUGCGCCAGUUUUACAUAGAAAAAAUGUCUAAGGAAGAAUUUGAAGAUCAGCAGGAAUUUAAACAGAUAACACGGACAACAGCAAGCCAGUGGAAAAUCUUCAGUGAGGGUGAAGCUCAGAUCAGCCGCAUGUGUGAAACUCGAAUUUGCCGGACAGAACUGGAAGACUUGGUGAAGGUUCUGUACCUGGACAAGACUGAAAGGGGUCAUUGUUGAGAGCAAAAACAUUGAAGGGGAAGAGAAAACCAGAGGCUGCCUAAAGACAUUGGAUUUGUAGCCGGACUGCAAGCUGAUUCUGCUUAAGUCAACAUUGUCGCCAAACCCAGAAUGUAGGGACUAUUAAGCAUGGUGUGUUGAAGAAAAGUAACUGGCAGAUCCAAAUGUGUAGGAGUCUGUGAGCAGUUAAAUGCUUCCUCUUAUGCCUUAGAGGGUUGGCAUCAACUGUGAAAAAAACACAGGUUUCUUCUUUAUGAGAAAUAAAAUGUUUAUUUGGAAAGUUAAAAUUAAUGGAAUAAGCAUAACUUAAUAGAAGAACAGAAGACCCAUAAUGCAGAAACGACAGAAUUCAUGCAUAUAUAUAUAUAUAUAUGCCUGUGUCUACUUGUUCAUGCACAGGUUGCCAAGUGUGGCAUUUGAUGAGAAGACGGCACAUUGUAUUGGAGCUUUUCACAUAACCUUGGUUAUGCAAGGGUUUCCAUUCUAAUCUUCAAUGCUUUACUGAGCUUCCAUUGUACAUUUUCUUUGUUGCAGGACAAUCUGACAUUAACAUAAAUUAGAUAGUUUUCUUUAAAAAAUAAUAUCUCCAUUCUAGGCCAAAGCAACAUGGAUUUAACCAUUUAGCCUCAAUAGGUUCAAGCAGUUGUAAAUGUUUUUUUUUAGAUGACUCUUUGUGCCCCUGUAAAUAAAGUGGUUAGAGGCAUACGUUGUACCGAAGUGUGUAAACUAUUAGUUUUAAAAAUGAUUGAGAGUGUUUAAAGCUUGUAUACAGUAUAUAUUUAUACAGGUUUAUAUAGGUUAUCUGUAGGAAUAUCUACAGUUUGCAACAUUUGCCUCUACAACAAAAAAAAAAAAAAUGAUUUGUUGCUUCUUUUUGCUGUACUUUAUCUCCAGGUAACAAUACAAAAUAACAGUUUUGGCAAGAAAUAUAAAAAAAAUAUAUAUUAUAUCAACAAAAAAAGAUAAUGUUUGACCCUUGAGUUGCCCUUGUUAUUAGAAUUGUGUUUGGCCAUUUCUGUAAAAACUGUUUCUGGGGAGUUAUAACCCCACUUUAACCUAAAAAUGUUUUUGUGAUGCCAGUUAGGCUGCAUUCACACCACGAUUGCAGUCUAUGGUUGCCGGUUCUGGCUCGGGGAGGGGAAAACCAGGCACUCUCAUACCCGACCUGGACCGACGCUGAAAUCCAUUUACUUUAAUGAGCCGACCAGAGUCAAACAGUGACUCCGGUCAGCUUAUUUCUGUCCCGUAUCCGGUUUUGUGACCGGACCUAAGAAAUGAGCGAACCAGAGUCACUGUUUGACUCCGGUCUGGUCAUUAAAGUAAAUGGAUUUCAGCGGCCGUCCGGCUGGGGUACGGGAGCGCCUGGCUUUCCUCUCCUCCAGCCGGAUGAGGCAACUGUAGGCUGCAAUCGUGGUGUGAAUGCAGCCUUAAAGCUAAUUUUUUACUCCCCCUAUUUCCCACAUUGUUGUUUAAAAAAGAAUAAAUGAUCAUGAACGUCUAUGAAAACAAACAAACUUUUAAUAUGUAAUAGAAAUAUAAAAUAUAUCUAAAGUUUUGAUUUUGAUCAGUAGAAUGAGUCAGGAGAAGUGUGUGCUUAGUGUUCUUUUCUGUUUUUGUAUAACAUGACCAGGCCAGGACAAUCUAAUGUUGUAAGUCUAUAGGCCUUUCUUGCUCACAUAGACACAGAGUGCUUUCCCUCCUCCUUUUUAGUGACCGUAGGGGAUCUGAACACUCAGACCAAUAAAAACUUUUAAUAUGUCUCUGGGACAAAGUUUUUUUGUUAUUAUUUUAUUUUUUAUAGCGACAAAUACGCUUUAAGCUGCCUGGAAUCAUGCAAGUGUGACAUAGGAGUGGGAUAACUUCAGCAAUACCUGAAUUUUGUAAAUAGAGAUAGACAUUAACACUAUGUAAUUGUGUAAGUAUGUAUAAGUAUUGAUAUUGUUGAGCUUAAUGAAGUGAAGUAUUUAGUACUGUGUGCACUUAGUGUGGGAAUUUUGGCGUGUAAAAAACAUUUACCGUAUGCUUUUAAAGUGUUUGAUUUUAUUACUGAUCAGAGCCAGAUACUGUAUGGUAAAUUUUUUCUAAUGUUUCUAUUUUCUGAUUGUAAUUUUGUAUUUUAUUUUCGUACAUUAAUAUGGAGUUAGUCAUGGCCUGAGCUUAAAGGGUCACUCUCAUUAAAACAAAUUUUUGCUAUUGCACUC